GGUUCCUCCACGGUCUUCCUCUUCACAGAGCGUCACUCAAGUCCGAGAAUUCAGCCCUAAAACCCCGCAGGUCACGCACGGGUCGAGGACGUUUGAGGCAGAGCCCACACUCGAGGGGCCCCUCCCCCUCCCCCACGACCGGCGCCUCGCGCGGAGACUGCCGGGACCGCGGCGCGCCCGACGGCCUCCGGGGCAGCGAGGCCCGGAAGCCCUGAGGCGGGGGCUGGGAGGGGCGGGGGGCGGCUCCGGCCUGCGCCCCACCCCCGGCCGCGGGAGCUUCGCGGGGUCUCGGCCUUUCCCGGGUGCGGGCCCCGCCGCCCCCUCGUCUCUCGGGCCUCGCGCGGUUUCCGCUGCCAACGGCCCAGCCGGCCCGCCGCGGCCCGCGCCGCCGCCCUGGUUCCGGGGCGGGAUGCGGCGGCCCCCGGGGCGCUGGUGGCUGCUCCUGUGGCUGCCGCCGCUGUCCGCCCCGCCCGCAGGCGCCGCGCGCGGAGAGGAGGCGGCGGCCGCGCUCUCAGUUCUAAGGUGUAAAACUCUGAAGGAAAUGGAUUUUAUUAAAACAUCUGACUCGGACUGUUACUGCUACAAUCGAAAUUCCCAAAUGGAGUGGAAAUAUAUGUGGUCGACUAUGCAGGUGAAAAUUACCAGUUCAGGCCUGUUCAGUAUUGUAUAUAUCACAGAAAGACAUAAUUGUCAAUAUCCAGAAACCAUUCUGUCUUAUAUCAAGUGUAUGACUCAUAAUUUUUGGACACCAAAGGAGUCUAAUGAAAUAACCAUAAUCAUCAAUCCAUAUGGAGAGACCAUGUGCUUCUCUGUGAAACCUGUCAAGAAGAUAUUUGUCUAUACAAUUAGUGUGACUCGAAACAUUGUAGAUUUCAAACUCUUCCUUGUGUUUGUGGCAGGCGUUUUCCUCUUCUUUUAUGCAAAGACGUUGAGUCAAAGUCCUAUUUUCUAUUACUCUUCUGGGACCGUGCUAGGUGUUCUGAUGACAUUAGUCUUUGUCCUGCUGCUGGUGAAAAGGUUUAUUCCUAAGUACAGCACCUUUUGGGCUCUAAUGGUCAGUUGUUGGUUUGCUUCAGUUUAUGCUGUGUGCGGAUGGAUGGAGGACCUCAAGUGGCUGUGGCAUGAAAACAGAGUAUAUGUAUUAGGCUAUGUCCUAAUGGUGGGAUUUGUCAGCUUUGCUGUUUGUUACAAACACGGGCCCCUUGUCGAUGAAAGGAGCGUAAAUCUCCUGGCGUGGACACUGCGGCUCCUCGCCCUGGUCUUGAUCUACUGCGGGGUCACUGUGCCCCAGUGCUCUUAUGCAGUCAUGGUCCUCAUCCUGUCCUUCAGGAGUCUGCGCUACCCCCUGAAAGCCUUCAGUUACGUGAGGUGGAAGACGAAGCGGUGGCGGGCCGCGGACAAGCCGGCGGGCAGGUUCCUCACCGAGGACGAGUACCGCGAGCAGGCGGACACGGAGACCAGCGGCGCCCUGGAGGAGCUGCGGCGCGCCUGUCGCAGGCCAGACUUCCCGGCCUGGGUGGUCGUCUCCAGACUCCGGGCCCCCAACAAAUUUGCAGACUUUGUUCUUGGAGGAAGCCACUUGUCACCUGAAGAAAUGAGUCUGCAUGAAGAGCAGUACGGGCUCGGGGGCGCCUUCUUGGAGGAGCAGCUGUUUAACCUGAGGACGGCCUGAUGGCCGCCUUUGCGUUCACUCCGUUCUGGACAAGGAAAUGGGUUAAGGGCUAGGAUCCUAUUAACGUUGGCCAGAGCUGUUCUAGGGAACAGUGGCAAAAGCAUUUACUACAGGAAGAAGUCCUACUGGAAAAGAAGACUGAACUAUAUUGAAGAUGACUUUUCAUUCCUGGUGAGUUCUGAUACUUACUGUGCUAUAGGUGGCCAUCAAGAUUCUGGGACAGUCGUUACCACUUUCCCUGAGUGAAGACUGUCAUCAGGAACAGGGACUCAUGUUGAUCUUCAAGGAGCCAUUGAACACGAACAUCUGCCCCAUCAAUACCAGGACAUUAUAUCUUAACCCUCUUAACCUUCAGAACCCGUGACAGAAGACUGGCUUGCUCUUCCUACGUGCUCUUUGUAAAAGUGCUGCCAGAGACCUGCGGCCGCUGGACCAGUGUUCUCCAGAGAAUGAUCCGUAGGAUGCUAGUAAAUGCUAGUCAGUGAAGGGAAUCUGAGGUCAUCUAAGAUUGAUACAAAGUUGAACAAACAUGCUGCAGGAUUUCUCAGAGCCUUUAAUGCUGCUGAUGCACAUCGUGAAUCUCCUCAAGAGAAGUUGUGUGCAGCAGUUUCUGACUGCACAGAUCCCUUUUUGACCACAGAUCCCUUUUUCAUGAGGUUAAUAUUCCUAUGAACAGUUUGGAAAAUGCUAAUGAUAGCAAGAUUGAGGUUUGAGGAGGUUAAAUAACUUGUCCAAAACCAUUUAGAGGCAGCACUGGGACUAGAACUGCAGCCCUAGUGUUUCCUGCAAUUCUCAGGGUUAAGAGACUUUAAGAGGUGGGCCUAGGGGCCAUCUCCUUGGGUCUUACCAUAUUGGUGACUUUUUAAAAAAACUUUAAAUAAUGGACAGUUAGCUGUUUGGUAACUGUGAUAGAGAAACAUUUCUUAAGAUUAUAUUUUAAAGCUUGAUAAUAUUUUUACGGACAUGUAAAAAUCAGAAAUGAGAAUUAUUUUCUGUAAUAUUUUGUAUGUUGAAAUUGAAGACAUUUAACUUCCUGUGACAUUUUGAGCUGACUGGUCCAUUUUUAAAAAUUUAGUUAUAUAUAUUUGUAAGAGUUUCCUACAAAACAGAUUUGUGAUCUUUCUUCACAGAACACAUCUUUUUUUUCUUGAUUCUCCAGAGUGAAAUGAGGGACUGUGAACUUGAACCCUGGGGUGAGAAGGCCAACACUUAAGAGCCGAGAAAUGCUGUGAGCAGGGCAAAACAAUGCAAGGGUUAGGAUGGGCUAAACUGGUUAACUUUAAGAACAAACAUGGGCUUUUUUGCUGUGACAGGUUCAUGAAGAAUGAGGACUCCCCUUUUACUGAAAGAAGCAUUUUCGGAGGAGGGUGUACAGGGAAUUUGAAGCGGUUGUCCUGAGGCACGGUCAGCAGAGUGUUUCUAAAUUGUUGAAUGAGGGCAAGGCUCCCAUUUGGAACUUCUAGGUUGAUUUUCAGUGAUAUUUCCUCUUUGAAACAGUGUGUCAGUGUUUUAACAAGUUUCUCUUUGGCCAGGUAUUUUUAAUAUUGGAGCUUGGCAAUUUUUUGUGAAAUGCACUAAAUUCAAUCUGUGCUUCCAGAGACUGAUUUCAAAUACCAAAGAAUCUUCCAUUCAAAUUUAUGAUGAUUGUGAUGAUGAUGUUUUAUAACUAUAAAUGGUUCUCAGGUCAUUUUUGUUAUAGUUUAAUUUGAUUUUUUUACAAUUAAAUUUAUUCCUGAUAUAAAUGUA